AUGCGCUGCACAUUCCACUCCUUGGUGCUGGCCACCCUUGCAAUUGGCCAAGCAUAUGCUGCCACUGUCUCUGGCGUUCACUCGCACAUGCAAAACCAUGCCAAACGCAGGCACGACCAUGUAGAGAAACGUGACGCCGCUCUGACCGAUGCCGAUGCUUCGAAACUCACUUCCCUGGGCGUGGCCUCGCUUGGUGCCAACUCAUACUCGGCCAACGGACAAGCCUGGUUCGGCCAGGACGGCCCCUACCAGAACGAGUUCAUCAACGACUCGGGCGAGGAUCUGAUCCUGGUCAUCUGGGGUGUUGCCGGAUCGUGGAUCAACGCUGUCCAACCGACCAUCACCGCCUCGCUGCCCUCCAACGCAUCCACCUGGGUCUCCUUCGCCGACGGUGCCUCUGGCGCCUGGACCGCCAUCUACAGUGACACCCAGCUCGUCAACGGUCAAGCCAGCAACACCUGGGGUGAAUUCACCUUCGGCGAGUGGGGCGUCGUCGACGUGUCGCGCGAAGUCAACAUGAACGGCCACUCCAUGAGCAUCGUGGGACCAUCCUGCACUACCGACAUGGACACCUGCGUCUUCGUCUGCUCCUCGGGCGACGUGUGCAUGACCGGCUACGAGCUGCUCAACUGCGAAAACGGCUCUCAACCCGGUGCCAACUACGGUACCUACGAUGGCUCGCCGAGCGGUGGUUGCGGUGGCAUGGGAGCUUCUGCUACGUUGACCACAACUUUCUCAUAA